UCCUAAUUGAGUUUUACCCUUGUCAUGGAGGGCUUCGAUACUAUGGCUAUGCCCUACUUGGCCAGCCCACUAUCGCUCAGCAAUAUCCAGGGCGCCGACUACCUCAACUCUAUGCCUGGUAUGGAUCUUCCUGAUCAGCGCUCCAACUUUGACUCGGAGACAUUUGUCAGUGGAGAUGAUAUAGCCUUCCCCCAGACAGGUCUAUCUGCACCGCUAAAACGAUUUCCUUCGGGAUAUGAUGACCCUUUCACUGACAUGGUGGCGCCUUUUGAUCCCACGCCUGCAGAACAACAACACUCUGACUCGUCCAUCGACCAUAACAAUAAACUACUGAGCUUUUCGAUACCAGUAUAUAAUUUUACCCUGCUUGAUUACUCGCUACGGCGGACUUCAUUGUCACUCUCAGCCCAGUUGCAUGGCAUGUUUUUCCUUGCGGAGUCGCCUUGGACCACAUCCCCCGCAGAGAAUGCUCCGCCCCAGCAAGGUGCGGAGCUAACGUGUUACCGUCGUAACCUGUUUCAGAUCACGGGCUCCGUUACCCUCCCGCGGAGCUUGCGCUAUAUUAUGACAGAGCAAGGCGACCGUAUACCGAUUCUUGCACAGGAACUCACUGUUUCAGCAACCGAGUCUGUGGAAGGCAAUUCUGUCAAAAUCAUCUCUGUACCCUGGAAAACCCCCGCUGCGAAUGCGAAUCCUUCAACCGAAGACAGCAGCCACCCUACCACGACGCACAAUCCAAAUAACCCCAAGGUUGAAAAAGAACCUCCCGCGAUUCCCUUAGAUAUCAUGGCCGGUCAGGACCUAGAUACAGACUAUGCCACCUUCCCGAUAGCAUGGAAGCGACUCCAGUUUCGUGUGGCAACUGCCAACAAUGGGCGCAGAAAGGAGCUCCAACAACACUUCGUUGUUCGGCUAAAGGUCGUCGCAACUUUGUCUACGGGCACGAAAAUCCCCAUCUGCGAGGUGCACUCGGGACCCGUAAUUGUUCGGGGCCGCAGUCCACGCAACUUUCAAUCUCGCAAGGACUUGCCCUUGAGCGGUAGUGCUGCGGCGUCAAGAAAGAACGCGCAAGCUUCCCACUCGGCCAGUAUCAACCGUACGCCAACCAGUGAAACUGCUCCACGCUCUGGUCAGCCUUCAUCCAAGGCUAAGACUACAGGGAAGAGCAGUUCACCGGAGGCCUCGGCUUCGCAGGCCGGCGCUACUGCCCAACGGGCUUCCCCUGACUGGACACAGAUCCCCCAAUCUACAGGAGGUGCGCUUCCAUCUACAGCUCUACCUCGCUCAUCUAUCUAUUCACAAUCCAGUCCAGAAUACUCGCGGACAGCAGAAACUCAGCAACGACGUGCUAGUGCUAUAGCAGCCCCGAUAAAUUUGUCACUGCUUGAUGAUGACGGUGGUGGCGAUUCUUCUCGUUUGAAUGACUCUACCCGACCGACUUCCUCGUACGCCAGUGAGAUUCCGCAGAAGGUUAUAAAUACGGAGGGCUCGGCACCGCCGGCAAAAAUGCGAAAACUUUCGCAUGGAAUUUCACAACCACCGGCCAGGAGCACGUCAUCAUCAUUGCCCUUGCUGAACACUACUAAUAUGCAGCAACCUUUCGCGUCGACUCUGCCUUUUCCCAACGAGAGUGCCGAUUUAUUAUACGAAUAUUUCCCAUUGGGCUUGGAUGACUGGCAAGCACCCGUGGAUGCAGUUUAUCGACCACAUGUGGUACACCAUACCAAUAUGCCUGAGAUGAAGUUCGUUGCUACACGAGGUAGAAGUAAGCGAUACUUCGCUGCAGAAGAUGUUUUCUAGCAUUGUGGUUUGGUUGUGCAUGAUCUUGUAGCUAGGUGAUGAGCCCAACUUCUUUUUAGAGCUGCCGAAUACUGGAAACCUGCCAAAUUUGAAGGCGCUCGACCUUAGCCGGCUUCAAGAUUUUGGUUUUCAACACUCCACUUGGACGGAAUCUCUGUUAAAGGCUACCGCCGUUUUCUUUUCUUGGGUUUCUUCGAGAUGUACAGAUAUGUAAUGACCACGAGUUAUGGGGUUUGUUGUGGCGUGACGGAGUCUAAGAUAUCCGGGCCUCUUCUCUUCAUCUUUACUGAUGUCUGGCUCCCAAUAACUUUUUGUUCUAUUCUUUAUUCUUUAUCUUUUCUUUAGUGUAAUACAUAUAUACUGGCGUCAUGAUGUUAUGUGGAAGGAUCAGGGUACCUUGGGCUAAAGAACCACAAGGGAAAACUUGACAAUCGGCUGGCCGUCUGAAACUCUCUUUUUUACUUUUUUUCUUUUGUUUUUCAUUUAAUUUAUUUUUAUUUAUUCUAAUUUUUUUUGCACUUUUAUGUUUGCACGUGUAUACCAAUAGAUUCCGUUACCAUCCGCUCAGCCAGAGUUCAAUUUCCCACGUUCAUAUGGAUGCCUUGUGUUAUCCUGACUGCUGGUUGAUUGGUAUCUCUGGUCGACAAUAAUCGUGGAGCGACA